GAACGGUGGAGAUUGAUAGAAAUGGCGAAGCAAUGUGUUGUAUGGGUUGAGAAAAAUGUAUGACAGUGAUUGAAGACAACAUUUUUUAGCGAGAGCAUUGGUCGAUUUCGAAAUUGGUAGCGUUGAAUUCUGCGCCUGGUAAAUUUAUUGGUCACUUUGAUGGCUUGUUGACGUACGUUUGAAGCGUAUGUGCAGAAAGGAUGACAUCAAUGAUAGAAGGCGAUCCACAUGAAGUUGAGCACGUAGAAGAUGAUCGUUUUCGAGGGGAAGGUAAGAUCAUCGAUGAACAAGACCGAGAAGAACAUUUUGUCAAACCAUUGCAUACUUAUUACUGCCGCUGUGGACAGAUAGCGAUGAUAACAGAUACACUGUUAACAAGGAUGCCCUUACGGCGGCGCGAUCGGUCACGCAUUAUUGAUCCCGCACGUACGGAAGCUAAAACAUUUGGUGUUAAUGGUGACACUGUUUACGUACGAAGACGAGAAGGACUGGAGCAGCAGUAUAGAAAAAAUUGUCAUAAGUGUGGGAUUCCACUUUUCUACUACCAUCCGUUCAACUUUAAAAAUUACCUUUUUAUAUUUGAUAAUGCUGUACGAUCUGCACAGCAGAUUGGUGGUCUUAAACUUGCAAAUGAGGAGCAACCCGUUAAAAAAGUAAUCAUGACGAAACAUGUAAAAAAUCAGGGGAAGGUUGGUUCAGUCACUGUUUCUACGGUCGAAGAAGCAGAGGAUGAACUGGAGGCGCGAGAAAUAGCAGAAUCAUAUACACUGAAUGCCCGCAUGAUUGAAUAUCAAAUGAAGAGGAAAGGAAUGUUGAAGAAUCAAGUUUCGGAAGAGUUAAUUGAGGCGAAGAAAAGGCGAGAUGAGAGCAAGCGAGGGACGUUGUUAUGAUGCAUUAAGUAUGUAUAUUUUUCUCAGUUAUUAUGAUUUCUUCGGAAAUAAUAAUGCCAGAAUGGUAAAUCAGAUUAUCGAAUUUCCUGAAAGAUCAUAGUUUUGCUUCUGUUAAAUAUGUAUGCUGAAAUUUCCAUCACUUUAUCAUUUGCACGAAUCUGUGCGGGAUCUGUAAC